AUUCAUUUACAUUUCACUGAUAUACGUAUACCUUUAAAAAGUGACAUGUGUAGUUUUUGGAUUAGACUCUUUGUGUCGCUAUCUACCAUUGAGGAGAUGAAUAAUGAAAAGCGAUCCAUCACCCACCUCCAGCACCGUAUACACGGUGAAGAAGGAAGACAAGGGAAAGCAAUCAUACAGACUGCAGUCGCCGCUCGGCCAUCUUUAUUCUUUUUUACGAAGAGACAUUCAGCCUUGGGAGUUUGUGAUGUAUAUACAGCGUUUUCCUGUGGAUUUUUCAUCGAGACAGGUGGCUUGAACGUGCCUUCCUUUCUUUAGACGGCAUUAUCAAUGAAAGGACGUCUUUAUAUAGAUAAUGCAAACGUGGUUUAUCAUUGCCCUGCUUUAUGCCUGCGAAUUUGUAUCUGGCCAGAUUCGUUACUCUAUUCCAGAAGAACUAGAAAAGGGCGCCAUGGUUGGCAAUAUCGCUAAAGAUGUUGGAUUAGAUGUGAGAGAGUUGUCACGGCGCAGAUUCCGGAUCAUGUCUGCUGCAAAGAAGCGGUAUUUCGACGUAAAUUCUGACGAUGGCGUUUUAUUUGUUCAUGACAAAAUUGACAGAGAGGAGCUCUGUGGUCAAAGUCUGACCUGUUUUCAGAAUCUCGAGAUCAUUGUAGAAAAUCCUUUGAAACUGUACCGUGCCGAGGUGGAAAUAACGGAUAUCAAUGACAACCCCCCCACUUUUAAGCAAAGCCAGUUACGGUUGGAUAUUGUUGAGUCAAGUCCUCUGGGGAUUCGCUUACCACUACAGAGUGCGCAAGACCUCGAUGUGGGUACAAAUUCUGUCAACACUUAUAUGCUCAGCCCGAAUGACCAUUUCAAAUUGGACAUCCAGAACAUCAGCGAUGGAACUAAAACUGUAUAUUUGGUACUUGAUGACUACUUGGAUAGAGAAAAGCAAGUAAUUCAUAAUUUGCUUCUUACUGCCGUAGAUGGUGGGUUGCCAGUGCGAUCAGCUAGCACCCACAUUAUCGUCAGCAUACUCGACGUCAAUGACAAUGUGCCUGUAUUUGAUCAGGCGGUUUAUCGAGUGAAAUUGGUUGAAAAUGUAGCCACCAAUACAUUAGUUAUCAAUCUGCAUGCCACGGACUUGGACGAAGGCACUAAUGCUGAUAUCAUCUACUCUUUCAGCACCCACACUCCACAGAGAAUACGUGAAUUGUUUAGCGUUGCGACGCACACUGGGGAGGUUAGGGUAAAAGGGAGGCUGGAUUAUGAGGAAAGCAGCAUCUACGAGGUGAAUAUCGAAGCUCGGGACAAAAGCCCUAAUUUUUUACCUGUAUAUUGUAAAGUUGUUGUGGAGAUCGUGGACGUGAAUGAUAUGCAUCCUGAGAUAACGUUGAUGUCCUUCCCUCAAGCAUUACCUGAAAAUGCAACAGUUGGGACAAUGAUAGCCCUACUGAGUGUAACAGACCCCGAAUCUGGUGCGAACGGCGACAUUCGUUGUAUUAUUCCGAAAGAGCUCCCGUUCGAACUGAAAUCAGAUUUCAAGAACACUUACAUGUUGGUCACCGCUGGCCCAUUGGACAGAGAAACUGUUUCCCACUACAAAAUUAACGUCACUUGCCUGGAUGGUGGAUCUCCUCAACUCUUCGUCAAUAAAGUUAUACUGGUGGACAUUUCAGACAUUAAUGACAACGCACCGCGCUUCACGACGCCGUCAUACACUGCGUACAUAAUCGAAAAUAAUACACCCGGUGCAUCAAUCUGCUCCGUUACCGCAUUUGAUUCGGAUCGCGGUCAAAAUUCUGUUGUUUCCUAUUCCAUUAUGGAGAGUCAGACCCAAGGACUGUCAGCCACAUCGUUUGCAUCAAUUAAUUCAGAAAAUGGUAUAAUUUUCUCACAGCGUUCCUUCGACUACGAACAAUAUAAAAACUUUCAAAUCUACGUUCAAGCUCGGGAUGCAGGGAUCCCAUCCCUCACGAGCAGUGCGAUUGUAAACAUUGUAAUUCUUGACCAGAACGACAAUUCCCCAUUAAUUGUUUCUGCUGUGAAGGGAAAUGAAACCCAGUUGAGUGUGCCUCGAUCUGCGCAUCCGGGGUACCUUGUGACAAAGGUGAUGGCAACUGAUGCUGAUUCUGGACAGAAUGCAAGGCUGUUUUACCGAUUAAUCCAAGCUACUAGCCUGAAGCUUUUCACCAUAACGCCAACUACUGGAGAAGUCAAAACUAAACGUUUCAUUGAAAAUGGUGAUACUACCACUCAGGUUUUUGUCAUCUUGGUGAAAGACAAUGGACAUCCCCCCCUGUCUAGCACGGUCACAGUCACUGUGUUAUUGGUAGACGAGCCGAAUAAAAUUACUUCUGAUUUCCAUAAUCUGUCUCAAACCAUCGAACAGUCCUCAGAUUUGGCCAUGUACAUUAUUAUAUCAUUAGGGUCAAUCUCGUUCAUACUUUUGGUGAUAAUCAUUUUCCUUGUCACAACCAUUUGUCUCAAUAGCAAUGAAUCCGACCAGGAUUGUUCCUUGAAUAAUUAUUGCCCUGGACCGGAAAUUACCAACCACGCACAGAAGCCCAAGGCACAUCGUCAAAUAGACACAGGUGUUCAACUCAUGCCAAAUGUAACGAAAGUAAGUGAGGAAGGGUCUCGAUCUGAAACACGCUGCUAUAAGGUUCGUCCAGCAACCAAACAGCAAAGCACCGUCUGUGUAUUCCAGUCGCCUUCCGGUUCAAUUACGCGCAUACGCAAUAUAAGUAAUCCUGAAGUGUUUUUCCCAGAGUACAAUCCGCGGACGAAACAAAGCCCUCGCACUUCCAAUGAGGUGAGUGCAACUAAUAAGAACCUACAUCAACCAUAUAUUCUUGAAUCUAGACAUUGUUAGCGUUUGUUUAAUGUCUGAAGUCAAGCUCAUUUGUGUUUACUGAUGCACCACUCAACACUGGAACGAGGGGACGUAUUUACAAGGUUGGCGGUGGCCAUUUAAUUAUGUGGUGCAUAGCAAAUACAAGCUGUAGUAAAUUAUUGGAAGCCUCUACACCAGGGUUGUGGGACUAGAGCAAUGUGGAUUGUUUAUCAGAAUUGAUUGUAAAACUGAUCAAGGAAUUGAUGGAAGUGGGGACUGGUACAUGAUAAAUCAU